UAUAACGCGUUAGAACGACAAAAUGAUUGACUCCUACUUUGUUAAGAAAGAAUCAAAUGGUACCAAACGCAAGCUGGAUGAGAAAGAAGAGGAGGAGGAACCUAAAAUGAAGGCAAAAGUUGCUGAAAGUCUAAACAACAGCUCCUGUCAAGCUGCUUCAAUUUCAAAAUUUUCAUUUCUUGACAAGGAUAGGAAAAUGGAUCUCCAGUGGAAACACAUAACAUCAGAAAACUUGAAUCUUGAUUUUGUGCAGCUCUUCACUAAAACUGAGGCAGAUGUUCUCUUCCAAGAAGCAGAGAAAGUUAUCAAGUACAAUGAAGAUAGUAAAGUGUUCGUUCAUGGAAAAUGGCAUAAGGUACCGAGAAAGCAAGCUGCGUAUGGAGACACAGGUCUGACUUACACAUUCUCUGGUGCAACAGUUGCAGCACAGCCGUGGAGCAAUGCUCCCUUUCUUAAAUGUAUUGGCGACCUGAUUUCAUCUUUGUCAGGUGGACAUAAGUUUAACUUUGUUCUUGUGAAUAGAUACAAAGAUGGUAAUGACCACAUGGGUGAGCACAGAGAUGACGAAGCUGAUCUGGUCCCUAGAAGUGUAAUUGCAUCUGUGUCAUUAGGUCAAGCGAGGGACUUUGUAUUUCGUCAUAGAGAUGCCAGAGGAAGUAGAGCCAAGAGAAAGAUUGAUCCUGUUAAAUUUGAACUGUCACAUGGGAGUGUGCUGAUGAUGAAUCACCCCACAAAUGUUUACUGGUUUCAUUCACUUCCUGUGCGAAAAAAGGCAAUAUGCCCAAGAAUUAACUUGACCUUUAGACAGAUGGUUGUAAAAAAAUAAAAGAAUAAUAAAAAUUUUUUCUUAAUUGUC